AUGUUGACUCACACCCAUGGAGGGACAAAACAUCACUCAACCGUUCCGAUUAAAGUCUCGAACAGGUUUGCCCUGCUCAGUGACGCACCGACUGAGAAACCUGCUGAAAGUGCCCUAGUGAUCGGUGAUUCUAUUGUCCGGAACGUUAACAUAGAGGCACCAGCCACCAUAGUCAAAUGUUUACCGGGAGCCAGAGCGCCUGACAUCAAGUCAAAUUUAAAUGUGCUGGCUAAAACUAAUCGUAAAUUCAGUAAGAUUGUUAUUCACGUCGGCACAAAUGAUGUUAGACUCCGUCAAUCGGAGAUCACUAAAGAUAAUAUUAAAGAGGUGUGUGAGCUCGCAAAAACGUUGUCAGACACUGUAAUAUUCUCUGGCCCCCUUACUGCUUACCGUGGUGAUGAGAUUUAUAGCAGAUUAUCAUCACUAAAUGGCUGGUUGUCUGAGUGGUGCCUGCAGAAUAAUAUAGAUUUUAUAAAUAACUGGAAGAGUUUUGAGGGCAGACCUGACCUGUUGAAACAAGAUGGUCUCCAUCCCUCCUGGGAUGGGGUUUCUCUCCUCUCUAGAAAUGUGUGUGACAGUAAACGUAGCUCUAUAUACGUCAAGCUUACCGACAGCGAAAACGCAUGA